CGACUUAAUCCCUUUGUCUGUCCUUGUUUGUCCCCUCUGUGUUGAGCCCCUUGUGGGUAGUAAAGAAAUAGGUAUCGAGAGGUUCUUGGACUAGUUAUGUUUAAUGAUACUUUCUUUACCUAAAUUUUAACAUUGUCUCCUUUGAAAUAGUCAACUUGCACAGCAAUACUCUGGUCCCAGAAUUCUUGCUACAUUUAGAAUUCAGCCUGGAAGUCAUUUUCCUUAACCCUUUAGCAUUUAAACCGGCCAUAUCCGGCCAAAAAUAUUCUGCCUUUUUUAUGUUCAAACUAGCCAUAUCUGGUCUCUCACACCAACCCUACAAUAUUGUUUUAAAAAUUAACAGUUAUCUCAUAGCUACAAGAUAAUGCAUGAUUAAUUCAAAACAAUGUAGAUGAAGAAGCAUUAAUUUUGGCAGAAUAAUGCAAACACUAAAGGGUUAAGCGAGUUGAAGACCUAGAUCUCAACAAUGGUGUUAAAACGGCGACCUUUGAGCUGCAUUUUGAUCUUGGGGAGCAGAUAAAAGCUAGCAACUGCUAGAUCUGGUGAAUAGGGUGGGUGCGGAAACAAUACCAUGUUGUUUUUGACCAGAAACUUACAAGUGAGGAGAGCUUGGUGACAGGAUGCGUUGUCAUGAAGAAACCGGUUCUUUAUGUUCCAUAGAUCUGGUCACUUUUGCUGAAUUUCUUCCCUCAAACGCUUCAAAACAUCACAGUAAAACUCGAGUGAUGGUCUGGCCUGGGGGAUGAACUCUCAAUGCACUUUUCUGUGGGUGUUGUAAAAAGUGAGCUGUGGCUCUGUCAUGCGCCUAUGGUACUCAAAACAUGGCAUAUGACCCACAUUGCCUUGAUGCCGUAAGCUUGCCAAAGCAUGCUCAAUGUCUGCAGAGCAGGCUUCCCAACUAUAGUAAUAUUUCUCCUUAGUCAGACCUCAUUUUCAUGGUAGUGACACUCACCUGCAUACAUCACUUUAUAUCAGGAGAAGGAAGCACAAUCACAUUUAUGUAUAACAGACGUCUUUCAGUUUUUGUCUACAAAAUCCACUCACAAUACUUUGGUAGGACUUGGGCUAUAGUAGGCCAUAUAGUAGUACAAUGCUUUGGUAGGACUUGGGCUAUAGUAGGCCAUAUAGUAGUACAAUGCUUUGGUAGGACUUGGGCUAUAGUAGGCCAUAUAGUAGUACAAUGCUUUGGUAGGACUUGGGCUAUAGUAGGCCAUAUAGUAGUACAAUGCUUUGGUAGGACUUGGGCUAUAGUAGGCCAUAUAGUAGUACAAUGCUUUGAUAGGACUUGGGCUAUGGUAGGCCAUAUAGUAGUACAAUGCUUUGGUAGGACUUGGGCUAUGGUAGGCCAUAUAGUAGUACAAUGCUUUGGUAGGACUUGGGCUAUAGUAGGCCAUAUAGUAGUACAAUGCUUUGGUAGGACUUGGGCUAUAGUAGGCCAUAUAGUAGUACAAUGCUUUGAUAGGACUUGGGCUAUGGUAGGCCAUAUAGUAGUACAAUGCUUUGGUAGGACUUGGGCUAUGGUAGGCCAUAUAGUAGUACAAUGCUUUGGUAGGACUUGGGCUAUGGUAGGCCAUAUAGUAGUACAAUGCUUUUGUAGGACUUGGGCUAUGGUAGGCCAUAUAGUAGUACAAUGCUUUGGUAGGACUUGGGCUAUGGUAGGCCAUAUAGUAGUACAAUGCUUUGGUAGGACUUGGGCUAUAGUAGGCCAUAUAGUAGUACAAUGCUUUGGUAGGACUUGGGUUAUAGUAGGCCAUAUAGUAGUACAAUGCUUUGGUAGGACUUGGGCUAUAGUAGGCCAUAUAGUAGUACAAUGCUUUGGUAGGACUUGGGCUAUAGUAGGCCAUAUAGUAGUACAAUGCUUUGAUAGGACUUGGGCUAUGGUAGGCCAUAUAGUAGUACAAUGCUUUGGUAGGACUUGGGCUAUGGUAGGCCAUAUAGUAGUACAAUGCUUUGGUAGGACUUGGGCUAUGGUAGGCCAUAUAGUAGUGCAAUGCUUUGGUAGGACUUGGGCUAUAGUAGGCCAUAUAGUAGUACAAUGCUUUGGUAGGACUUGGGCUAUAGUAGGCCAUAUAGUAGUACAAUGCUUUGGUAGGACUUGGGCUAUAGUAGGCCAUAUAGUAGUACAAUGCUUUGGUAGCACUUGGCUCCAAGCACGAGAAAUGAACACAAGCACCUCAUGGUUUGGAAAUAAACUAUUUAACUAUAAAGCUACGCCUACCUGAGAAUUAUAUUAACAGUACAUGUCUUUGGAAUAUACAGCCAGUUCAGUUGACCGAAUACUGACUCCUCGUUGUCACAAGGUGGAAAUCCGUCACCAUUAUAAACAAAUUCAUCAAAAGAUCGAAUUUUGAUUGGCUAAAAUAUACUUGGCUUGUGUCCCUGAUUGUCUCCCUUUGCCUUCACUCUUAGAUUGCGUAACAUUACACAAACAUUUGCUAUCUUUAUUUCCUUUCUUUCAUUAAUUCUGCGGUCUUUGUGUUAACGACGUUCCUUUAAAUAUCACGGUGGAUUAUUACCAACAGAAUAGGAAAGAUAUACACUAUCAUUCCCAAUAUCAAAGUGCGAGAUCUCAAGGAAAAUUGUUCUUUCACGAGAAAGCUAUGAUGAUCUUUAUGUGUGAGGCUUUUUUUAAUACUGAUGUAUAGUGAGAGGAACAUUAUUAUUAUUGGUAGUGUUAGGAGACAGGAAAAAAAAUAAAACCAUUUAAUUUCAGGGGCUGAGCAAUAAGCAAACAUUUUAAUGGACAAUGUAUUAAAAAAAUAUAAUUUUUGAGCUCAACAAUUGCCCAUCUGCAAAUAUGAGUGCUUUGAAAAUUAUGGGUAUCGUGAUGCAGGCAUAAAAGUUCAAGUAAUCUUUUCUGCAGAAUCAUUUAGUUCGGUACAACUUGGACUUCUCCACUUAUGGCAGAAGGGUGAACUUAGAAAAAAAAA